AUGAGAAAGAAAGUAUGGUUUUUUAUGUGCCUGGCUUUUAUGGAAUGCUAUCUGGCCAUGGCAAGGGGAAUAGUGGUGCAAGAGAAGUCCGAUAGUGCAAUGCCAGUCACAAUAUUGUCACCGCCGGAAGGCAACACUACAUUCAUUGAUGGUAUAACAUGGUGUGUGGCCCUUGCUGGUGUUUCACAAGCUGACUUGCAGAAUGCUCUAGAUUGGGUUUGUAGACCUGAAAAUGUGGAUUGCAAACCCAUCAAAAUAGGUGGAUCAUGUUUUGAACCAGACACACUACUAUCUCAUGCAUCCUAUGCUUUCAACAACUACUAUCAAACAAAUGGGAAUUCUGAUGUUGCCUGUAAUUUUGGAGGAACUGCUACUACUACCAAAAAGAACCCCAGUUAUGGAAAAUGUGUCUAUUCAUCAUCUGGGUCUGCAGAUUCUUUUGCUCCACCUUUAUUUGGAAAGCAUAACCAAAGCUUCCUAUGGCCGAAACUUGCUACCUUGCUACUGAUUUCAUACUUUUGGAUGUGA